AUGCCUGGUAACGAGAAUAAGGAGAAUGAUUUGGUUAUAGAGCCGGAACCUGGCAGUACCGUGUCGUUUCCGCAGACUCCAGCCCACUUGCUUAAGAGAAGUGUCUCUACAGUGUUUAAACAGCCGAAUGUGGACGAUUCUGAGAAGCCAGACCUCAGCAAUGCGGCAUGCGAUGCUCCUAUUAAGAAUAUAUCGCCAUUGAGAAGAGCUUGCGCGCAGCAGGGAAGGCUGCCAUUGGCUUCGAAGGACAAUAAUAGGGCAAGUAGUUUCGGAUUGCAGCAGCAGCAACAGCAGCCGUUGUUGAAACGUGACAACAGUCUUUACAAGAAGAGGAAACCAUUUGAGAGAGUUCCGUUGGGGCCUAAUGAGCAGUUAUUGGCGAAUCCACGGAGACUGAAGAAAUAUGGGUCUGUCCUGGGCUACAAUAGUCUGCCUAAGAUGAAGAGUCUAGUGCUUAAAGACGUGGGGCAGAGCGAGGAGCAGGAAGAUAACGACGAAGACGAUGAUGAGGACGACAGUGUGUUGAGGCUGAAGUUACGCGAUGCACUUAAUAAUUCAGAUGGAGCCAAAGAGGUUGGGGGGUUGUUCGGGAAAACAGGUGGGCUGCAGCAGCUGAUACGAGACUCAAAAAGAGAGGAGGAAGACUUCGAGGAUAGAGAGAUAGAAUACUGUCCGCCUAAACACGACCCGCUUCCCUAUGUUCCUGACGGGCAUGUACCUCUGCUUAAGGAGGACAUCGAGAAAUUGACAACUUUCCGAUCUCCUUAUCUCAUAGAGGAUGAGUGUUCUAAGAGCAGUGAAGACACCGAGGGCGGUUUUCUGGACCUUGAGGAUAUCGAAAGCGGCCAAGAAGACGAGGAAAUGUCAGAUGCGAGUGAGUAUACGGGCAAGACGCAUGUCGACGCCAUAUCGGGGCGUACCACACUGGAGCUUGAGCCGCGCUACGCCGGGGAAGGGCUUAGCGCCAGUGAACUGAAUGAUCUUGUGGGAGAUUGA